AGAAUGACGAUUGACAGAUGACCAAUGACGUUUUUAAGUUUUUAUCAAUAUCAUGUAUUCGCUCGUUCUUUGCGUUAAUCUAAUAUUCAGAUGAUAUUAAACGAAUAAAUGCAUAACUUUCCCAUUAUUAAUUAAUACAAAAAUGUUAUGGAGGACAAGUCUACCUCAGAUAGGACGCCGACAUGGCAAAAUUGCAUCCAUUGCCCGAACCUGCUGUUCAAUAGUGCCACGGAAUUUGAAAGGCACAUUCUACAGAAACAUAGUAUUAAAGAGGGUUCGAUAAUACUGUGUCAAUAUGGACAGAAUGGCAUAUGUUCAGCACUACAAUUUGGAGACUUGAGAAAGGCAGGGUUUAAAUAUCAUGUGAGGCAAUACCACCUUUAUAAGACUAAUACCACAGAUGACUGGACAUUUUAUUCUUCAUCACAAAAUCUUCCUGCAGUUUUAAAUGAUCCAAACAGGGGCAAGCAGAGCAACUUUUUUACAAAAACAUGGGGUGACGGAUUCAUAGACAAAAUAGAAAUUUAUCCUAGUCCAUAUCUGCCUGAAAUAACUUUAUUACACUUUGAGUCAUAUUGUAAAAAGGUUUCUAAGAGAUAUAGAAGACACUGUCAGCUGAAAGAGAGUUUGCCAAUCAAGGUGAAGACACCUGUUGUUGAGACAGUUUGUGAAAUACCAAGUAUAUUCUUUGAGCAAUCCCUAGCCCUCAAUGAUCCCCAAAAUUUUAGCAAAGUUUUUCCUGGUCUUUCCAAUACACCAGAUAUUAACUCUACAAUAAGAUCACUGCAAGAAACAUUAAGCACAUACCUGGAUGUCGUGGAAAUGAAGAUAUCAAAACAGGUUGCUCAAAAAUCAGAUGCAUUUUUUCAUGCUAUGCUAUCUCAUGAUACUAUUAUGGAACAAAUGGCAAGAGCGGUCAAGACAGUACAAGUCACAAGAAAAGAUAUUGCAGGUGUCAAACAAAAUUUAACAGAAAGUCCCUUAAAAUUAAUAAGUCUUACUAGGAUAAAUCAUAAUCUAAACAAUGUUCAUGAACUCUUGAAGUUAAUAGCUAUAGUUCAGCAAACUCAACCCAUGAUUCAACUUCUUCUGAGUACAUCAGACUAUGUAGCCGCUCUUGAUUUGAUUAGUUCCACGCAAAAAGUCUUGUCAACUCGUUUAUCUGGUAUUCAAGCUUUUCGGCAUUUGUCUCCACAAUUGACAGAAAUGAAAAGAUUAAUUCAUAAGAUGUUAAACAAUGAAUUUUCACGGUUUAUUGUAACCGAUCUCAACAGAGCCUCAAAAGACCUGUCAGAGCUGCCAGAUAGAGAUAAAAUUGUAUCAAUUGUGUCUGGAAUAUUACGUUUAAGGGAGUUUGAUUUUCUAGAUAUUUUUAAAACAGAGGCAAUGGCAUCCAUUCAAGCUACAGUAAAACAGUGUCUCAUAGAAAUAAUAUCACAAAGAGAUGGUAGUACAGAAAUUGUUUUGAGGGGUUCCAAUGCUGAUACCUGGUUGUUAUGUAAUGAAGGUAUUAUAUUCCUUCAGAAAGUUACUCCAAACAUUAUGAAUUUAUUUAAAAGGAUUAUGUCAAUAUCUAACUUGAUACUGGACAUCAGUCAAAUGAGUGAUAUCACUGGAAAUGAUAGUGAAGAGAUUUGGACGCAGGAAGAACUGAAUCUGAUUGAAGAAAAAAUAAAAAAACUGAUAGUCUCACUUUCAGACUACAGUAAUGAAAGGUGUGCCAAUCUCAUAGUGACAAAGGCUGAUAAAGAAUAUGCAUUAACAAAUUUAACACAGCUGUCUAAAUUAUCUGAAUUAACAGAGAGCUUUUCUAGACAGUGUGAAAUAAUUACAGGACAUUACAGUAAUGCAAUGAGACUGGCAUUGAGGAGUUUUGCUAUGAAAUAUAUACAAAAUUUACACUCUGAGCGAAGAUUUCAGCUCACUUCUGCUUUAAAUGCUGAAAGAUGGAAGAUUGCAGAAGUGCCAUAUGAGUUGCAAAGUGUUAUAAACAAAAUUUGUGAGACUGGAGAAAUUCCCCUGACACUGCUUUAUGAAAGUGGCAAACCAGAUGGAAAAUAUUUAAUUAUAAACAAAGAAAACUAUGCUGUUGUUGCAUCGGUACAGCUUUUAAUCAAAAUAUUAUUUGAAUAUUGUGAUGCAAGCAAACAAUCCCCAGAUAUAGUGCAAUACUUAGUACAUUGCAUGUUGGAGCUUACCAGAUUGUAUAAUUCACGAUGUUGCCAGUUGGUACUAGGAGCAGGAGCGAUACAAAGUGCAGGCUUAAAGACUAUUUCCACAUCAAACCUUGCUUUAGUAUCCAGAUCACUGCAAGUUCUUCUAUGGCUUUUGCCAUUAAUAAUUAAGUUGUUAGAAAACAUUCACUUAAAAGAGCUGACUCUCAAUGGAUUUAGCAGCAUAGAAAAUGAUAUAGCUGGGCAUAAAAAAGAAAUUGAAAACAAAAUUUGCCUAAUAGUGAGUAACAUGUUAUGCUCUCAACUCGGGGGCUGGGAAGCUAAACCUCCAGUCCCCUCACAAACAUUCCGAAAUAUAUCUAAACAUUUAGUUAAACUACACGAGGCUCUCAUAGAUAUUUUGCCUUUAGAACAAAUUCGCAAUAUUUACAUGAAAGUGCAUGAUAACUUUAAAGACAAACUGAGAGAACAAUUAGUUAAAAUGAACAUUGUAGCAAAUGGUAGUCCUCAACACGGUGUUGUAACAUCUGAACUGACAUUUUACUUGCAGACUCUCAAAACACUAAGAGUUAUUAAUGAGCAUGAUACAGAAGAUAACAUUUUAUAUGACAUUUGGUUAAAUUAAUUUAACAAUUAAGUAAUAAAAUAACAACCUGAAGUUGUAUUGAUUAAAUUGCAAAUUGAUUUGAGAUGAAGUUAUAAUUCCAUAAUAUUGGUGUUCUUAGAGACUUCAAAGAAUAUUUACAUUAAUUUCAAAAACAUAUUAUUAAUUUAUUUUAGAGAUAGCUUGGCUUGAAAUUUAUUGGAAGGAAUUAUUUACAUAAUAUUAUGCUUUACAUUUUAGUAUUUUUUUAUAAAGAAAUGAGUUUGCAAUUGCAUUUUUAUGUACUGUAUUAUGAUACCAUUUCCUAUCUCAUAGUACUCUUACCUUGAAUUAUCUCAAAUAUUAUUAUGUAUUAAAGUUUGUGUGAUAUAUUUAAAACAAAUGUUUGUAAAUAAAGUAAUAUUUCUAUAAUUUAUAGAUUGCAUACAUGAUACAAGUGAUUAAAUGAUUAUGAGAAGAAUGUGGUGCAUGCUUUAAGUUGAGGUAACUUAUUUUCUUCAAAGUAUUUUUUUUAGCAUUUUAUUAACUUUUAAUUCAAACAUCAUCAAAAUCAUUUAGGUUUACUUGUCUAUAUCAAUUAAAUUAUAUAAACAUGCACAGAACUGAUAACUUGUAUGUAGUGAGAUAAAAUAUUUAGGAAUGAAUCUGAGAUAAAUAAUAAAACAAUGUACAAGCCUAGUUUAUCACUUAAUGUAUAUUAUCAAUUAAAUAAUGCUACACACAGCACAGCUUUGGCCUUAAAAUAUGCAAAAUCCACAUAUAUACAUAAUAUUACAUAAUACACAUACCUACACAUCAAAAUAUCAUUUUAAGUCUGCCAUACUUUGCUUAAGUUUUUAUAAUUAUUUUACAAAAAAAAAAACUUUUGUUAUUAUGACACUUUAUAAAAAUAUAUUACAUUAAUUGUUUUGUAUGUUUGUAUUAUACUUAUACAAUAUAAUUUAGGCAAAGUCUAGUUGGCCACAAGUGGUUGUUUAAUGUUUCAUUUACGCCAGAGCAACAGCGCGACAUUGCGGCAGGGUCUCAAGGUACAAUAAGGUAUAGUAUUUCUAUUAAAAAACAGCCCCCCCAAUUGUGUAAGAAAAAUGUAUUCAUCAUAAUCAUUAUCGACAACAAAUUCUGCCCCUUGAUUGAUUGAAUUCGUUGUUCACAUUUUUUCGCA